AUGCAGUCCUCACUAUGCGCUGCGUGCCGCCGCGCCGCCGCCACCACCACCCUCCGCGCUCCUCGCACCGUCCUCUCUCGCCAUCUCUCCACGACAGUCGCCGCCACGAGACAGCACCCCCUCGUGCGAUCCCGCCCAGCGCCCUUGUCCCUCCGCGCCCGCCGUCCGUACUCCUCCUCCGCCGCCGCCGCCGCCGCCCCCGAGACCCCCUCCAUGAGCGACGCCGAGUCCGCCAUCGCGCAGCUGCUCGUCGACGCGCUCGCGCCCGUGUCCUCGGUGCUCGUGCAGGACGUCUCGGGCGGCUGCGGCAGCAUGUACGCGAUUGAGAUUGCCGCCGAGGCGUUUCGAGGCAAGACGAUGCUCAAGCAGCAGCGCAUGGUCAAUGCCGCGCUCGGCGACGUCGUCAAGACGUGGCACGGGGUGCAGAUCCGCACGAGCGUGCCCGAGGAUGCCUGA